GGCACUUUAUUAGGAAAUGUGUGGUUUUCCAUUCCCGAUAAACAAAUUUUAAAAUGAAUUAUGAGCUUGAAUACUUUUCGCUAUCCCCAUAUCUCAGUUGGGGUGCUUAAUUUAAUUUCCUAUUUUAUUUUAAGUUGUUCCCAGACUUCAGCUGCAAAUUACACCACGACAUGAUUUUUCACUUCAAAGUGGCCAAAGUAUAAGUCUACAAUGUACAAUCACGAAUCCGGAAUCAAUGUAUUCUGUAGGCGGAGGUCUAAUCUGGCAGAAAGACGGGAAAAAUAUCGAAACAGAUUCAGACUUUUAUAUACAAACUACUAAUCUAUCCACCACAUUGAUGAAAAUAUCAGCAGAAAGUAAUGAUUCUGGAAGUUACUUGUGCUCACAUUCCCAUUAUCCUGAAACAGAAAAUGCUUCCAUCAAUGUAAAUGUAAGGAAACCAAGUCCCAGAAAACAAAUUGAAUGUCAAAGCGAGAUUUUUUCUAACAUAACAUGGAAACCAAUAUUUACAGGAACAACUGCAAACGAAUCCUGUCCAGAAAAUCAGAUCGGAAUAGCUACGAGAUAUUGUGACACUCGAGGUGUAUGGGAUAUGCCUAAUCUGAUAAAUUGUACUAGUAAAGCGUUUGUGGAUGCUUCCAAAGAGGUAAGUCUUUACUCAUGUACAGUUAAAGAAAACGCGAUAAGGAUAUCUGAAUAUGUUUGUUGUUGUGAAUGGAGUAUUGUUUCGGGUAACCUAUAAAAGUUAGUGUAAGCUUAGUCCAAUGCUUUCAAUCUC